CCACCCACACAGCGAGCAGCCACAUGAUGACGUAUUGGCUGUGUAUAAUGUAUGCGACGCUAGAGUAAGCAUCACGCGUUUACAGUUUGGGUUAAAGCGAGCGCUUGUCUGUCCUGGUAAAUAACUCCGCUCAGUAAACGAUAUUUUAGGAGCCUGACAACUUGGAUGUAAAGAUGUCGGAUUUCUCAGCUCUGGGGCUGUCGGAGUGGCUGUCACAGCAGUGCAGACAGAUGGGCAUAAAUAAACCGACUCCAGUCCAGCAGAGCUGUGUGCCGGCGAUAUUAGAAGGUCGGGACUGCAUGGGCUGUGCAAAAACUGGCAGUGGAAAGACGGCUGCGUUCGUCCUGCCAGUGCUGCAGAAACUGUCCGAGGACCCCUACGGGAUAUUCUGUCUGGUGCUUACGCCCACAAGGGAGCUGGCGUAUCAGAUUGGAGAGCAGUUCCGAGUACUGGGAAGGCCACUGGGACUGAGGGACUGUGUCGUAGUGGGAGGAAUGAAUAUGGUAGCACAGGCCCUGGAACUCUCCAAAAAGCCUCACGUUGUCAUAGCAACCCCCGGGAGACUGGCAGACCAUAUCAGAAGUUCCAACACCUUCAACAUGAGAAAACUCCGCUUCCUGGUUCUGGAUGAAGCUGACAGACUCCUAGAACAAGGCUGUACAGAUUUCACCAAAGACUUGGAGGUGAUCCUGGGAGCUGUUCCUGCUAAAAGACAGACUUUGCUGUUCAGUGCCACCUUAACAGACACCCUGCAGGAGCUGAAGAGCAUAGCCCUGAACAAGCCCUUCUACUGGGAGUCUCAGUCUGAGGUGCGCACGGUCGAUGAACUGGACCAGAGGUACAUUCUUGUUGCUGAGAAAGUGAAAGACGCUUACCUCGUGCGUUUGAUUCAGAAAUUUCAGACCGAACAUGAAGACUGGUCUAUCAUGAUCUUCACCAGCACUUGCAAAAAUUGUCAAAUCCUGAACAUGAUGCUUCGAGAAUUCAGCUUCCCGUCUGUGGCUCUCCACUCCAUGAUGAAACAGAAACAGAGAUUUGCAGCUCUGGCGAAAUUCAAGUCCAGCAUUUUCAAGAUCCUCAUUGCAACUGAUGUAGCUGCCAGGGGUUUGGACAUCCCCACUGUUCAGGUUGUGAUCAAUCACAACACCCCUGGCCUGCCCAAAAUCUACGUGCACCGCGUCGGCAGGACGGCCCGCGCAGGGCGACACGGUGUUUCCAUUACACUGGUGACCCAGUACGAUAUUCACCUCGUUCACGCCAUUGAAGAGCAAAACAAAGCCAAGCUGAAGGAAUUCUCCGUGGCGGAGAGUGAGGUGCUGAAGAUCCUGACCCAGGUGAACGUGACGAGGAGAGAAUGUGAGAUUAAACUGGAAUCGUCGGACUUUGAUGAGAAGAAGGAAAUCAACAAAAGAAAGCAAAUGAUUCUGGAAGGAAAAGACCCAGACCUGGAAGAGAAAAGGAAAGCUGAACUGGAGAAAAUCCAUAAACAGAAGAGAAAGUUCAAGGAGAAGAUACAGGAGAAUCUGCAGAGACAGAAAGACAUUCUGCUGAAGAAGAAACUGCUGAAGAAAAAACGCAGGCAACAGAAACAAGAGGCAAAGGAGAAGCCAUGAGGGACUGGGGAACUUUUCCACAUGGAUCGGGUCUGCUUUGGGUCCAGAUUGACAACAUUAAACCAGCAACUAAAAAUUCCAGUCCAUUAAAGAUCAAUUUCUUAUAGUACCCUUUAACAGGCAUUGGGACAUUUUACAGAAUGACUUGGUGGGUCAUUUAUUGUUCAGUUUACACCAAAAGAUCCUGCAAUAGUGACUAAAAUGCUGUUUGUUAAUAUUUUGUCAUGUCUGAUAAUCUAGUUGCUGUGACCCCUGCAUUUACUGGAGAUCUGAUUUUGUGCAGAGUUCAGUCAGUUUUAAGUUUUAAAUUGGAUUCUUUAUCUCAAGCGUGUACACAAGUUCAGGCUGAAGAGAAGAGGCUGGUUUGUCCAGUGUAAAACCCUGUACGGUCCUGGAAUUGCAGUACUGAUUUUAACACGAAAUGCUUUAUAUCUAUCAGUAACUUCUGAAAUGAACUUAUUGAAGUCUGUAAACCAGUAAUACGUUGACAGCUUCCAGUGUAUUGCACACACUUUGUUUUCCAUUGGGUUUCCUUCCUGCUUUUGUGUAUUUAAGUAAAUAUUUCCAUGGUAGAAAUGGGGUUAAAAGCAGCUGUUUAGAUCAUGCCAUAACAAAACAAGUGCCCCUUGCUGAGUGGAAUAGGCCUUUAACUGUCCAUCUGUCAGCAAGCUCUGUAAUGGCCUUCUUAUUUGAAACGGGUUUCGUGGGGUUGGUUCUUUGUGUCAAAGGGCAUAAAGGCACUUCCCAGGUUACACUUUCACGCCUCAGUUUCACAGCGACAGUUUCACCAGUUUGACUCUUUCUGUGAAAACCACAGCAUCAUACAUUUAAAAAAAAAAAAAAAAAAAAAAAGAUAAUGUUAAUGCAGAUUUGUUUUUUCAUGGUUUGGAAGAAAAUGUUUCUCUCAAAAUAAAAUGAUAUAUAAUGAUAAAA